GAAAAUAUGGCUGCAGUGGUCGAUAGCUUCAGCUUUUUAGCAAAAGAAAUUAUUAGUGUCCUCACAUCAUUUAGAGACGCAUUGGCAUUAAUAGGUGCAAUUUAUGCAGCAAGAAAGACCCUUGGAUUGAGUUACAAAGUUGUCAGCGCGAUUCGAUUCGUUCUUUACACCAAAUUUGGACGCAGAGAUCUAGUUCGCUAUGGACAUUGGGCAGUUGUAACUGGUUGCACACAUGGCAUAGGAAAGGCAUAUGCAUAUGAAUUGGCCAGUGGUGGACUUAAUAUCAUACUUGUAAGCAGAGGUCUGAAAAAACUUCAGGAGGUUGCGAAAGAUAUUGAGGAGAGCUUUGGAGUGCAGACCUGCAUUGUCCCAGUGGAUUUUAAUGAAGCAGAUGAUGCAUAUCCUGGUAUUCAGUCUAAGAUUCAAGACAAAGAAGUAGGAAUUUUAGUUAAUAAUGUAGGUGUUAUGUAUGAUUAUCCCCAGUUUUUCUUAGAUGUCCAGCCAGAGAGACUUUGGCAAUUAGUGAAUGUAAAUGUAGCUGCUGCAACAAUGAUGACUCACUUGGUUCUUCCUCAGAUGGUUGCCAGGGGAAGAGGUGUUGUUGUGAACAUGUCCUCCAGUGCAUGCUUUCUCCCCACUCCACAAAUGACUGUUUAUUCUGCCACAAAGGCAUACCUUGACUGCUUCAGCAGAGCAUUGCAGGUGGAAUACAAAGAUAGGGGGAUCAUAGUCCAGUGUCUCAUGCCUUGGUAUGUUGCCACUCGGAUGACGCAGUAUAGUGAAACAUUAUCUGAUCCAAGCACCCUUAUUCCUAGUGCACAAGUGUAUGCCAGAAAUGCUGUGGCUACCAUAGGGUUUUCAUCCAGAACAACAGGGUACUGGCCACAUUCAAUAUUGUCUUGGUUCUGCAGUUACAUCCCAGAGUCCUUGUGGAUGUGGUUCUCCAUGCGCCUGAACAAUGCACUGCGACAACAAGCUCAUCGGCGUAUCAAGAUGAAAAAAUUAAAACAUAGUGAAUCACUAAGCUCUUUUAGUGAUGAAGAUUUGGCCCAACAGUCAAAGCAGGACUAAUGGUAUUGACAGUUUUCAACAACAGAAAAAAAAUCAGAAAAAUACUUUGCAAAACAGAGUUUAUAAUGAGGAAAUGUUAAGUGUCAUACACCAGUCCAUAUUUCCAGAGGUGCUGUUAUUUAUAACAUUCAUACAUAUUGCUUUAUAUUACUCCAAUUUUGCUGUUUAAGAGUUGUGACCUGAAAACUUGUGACAGUUUUGAUGUUUAUUGAUGACAUCGAUAUUCAAUGUUUAUUGGGAGAUCUUGGGAGUCCUGUAUUGCAUGUUGUAUGGAGUUAUUUCAUAGAACAAUAAGAAACAAUACAAAGAAUCUUAAAAUUAAAACCCCAGUAAUGUCUAGUAUUAAAUACUAACAGAUCAAUUUAAUUUAUAUUGUUAAAUGAAA